GACAAGUCCUAUUUUCAAGAGAAGAUGACUUUUAACAGUUUUGAAGGAUCUAAAACUUGUGUACCUGCAGACAUCGAUAAGGAUGAAGAAUUUGUAGAAGAGCUUAAUAGAUUAAAAACUUUUGCUAAUUUUCCAAGUAGUAGUCCUGUUUCAGCAUCAGCGCUAGCACGAGCUGGUUUUCUGUAUACUGGGGAAGGAGACACCGUGCGGUGCUUUAGUUGUCAUGCAGCAGUAGAUAGAUGGCGAUAUGGAGACUCAGCAAUUGGAAGACACAGGAAAGUAUCCCCAAAUUGCAGAUUUAUCAAUGGCUUUUAUUUGGAAAACAAUGCUGCACAGCCUACAUAUUCUGGUGUCCAAAAUGGUCAGUACAAAGCUGAAAACUAUCUGGGAAACAGAAAUCAUUUUGUUUUAGAAAGGCCAUCUGAGACUCAUGCACACUAUCUUUUGAGAACUGGACAAGUUGUAGAUUUAUCAGACACCGUAUACCCAAGGACCCCUGUCAUGUGUAGUGAAGAAGCUAGAUUAAAGUCAUUUCACAACUGGCCAAACUAUGCCCACUUAACCCCAAGAGAGUUAGCUCGUGCUGGACUCUACUACACAGGUAUUGACGAUCAAGUAGAGUGCUUUUGUUGUGGUGGGAAGUUGAAAAAUUGGGAACCUUGUGAUCGUGCAUGGUCAGAACACAGGCGACACUUUCCUAAUUGCUUCUUUGUUUUGGGCCGGAAUAUUAAUAUGCAAAGUGAAUCCACUAUCGUGAGUUCUGAUAGAAAUUUCCCAAAUUCAACAAAUGCUCCAAGAAAUCCAGCCAUGGCAGAUUACGAAGCACGGAUCAUUACAUUUGGGACGUGGAUGUACUCAGUUAACAAGGAGCAGCUUGCAAGAGCUGGAUUUUAUGCUUUAGGUGAAGGUGAUAAAGUACAGUGUUUUCACUGUGGAGGAGGGCUAAAUGAUUGGAAACCCAGUGAAGACCCUUGGGAACAACAUGCUAAGUGGUUUCCAGGCUGUAAAUAUCUGUUAGAAGAGAAAGGACAAGAAUAUGUAAACAAUAUUCAUUUAACCCAUUCAAUUGAGGAGUCUUUGGCGAGAACUGCUGAAAAAGCACCAUGGUUAAAUGAAAGAAUUGAUGAUAAAAUAGUCCAAAAUCCUAUGGUACAAGAAGCUAUACGAAUGGGAUUCAGUUUCAAGGACAUUAAGAAAACAAUGGAGGGGAAAAUUCAGACAUCUGGGAGCAACUACAAAUCACUUGAGGUUCUGGUUGCAGAUCUAGUGAAUGCUCAGAAAGACAAUACACAAGGUGAAUCAAGUCAGACUUCAUUACAGAAAGACAUUAGUACUGAAGAGCAGCUAAGGCUCCUACGAGAGGAGAAGCUUUGCAAAAUCUGUAUGGAUAGAAAUAUUGCUGUCGUCUUUAUUCCUUGUGGACAUCUGGUCACUUGUAAACAGUGUGCUGAAGCAGUUGACAAGUGUCCCAUGUGCUACACAGUCAUUACUUUCAAGCAAAAAAUUUUCAUGUCGUAA